AUCAUUCUUCCUCUUUCUCCUGAAUUCGCAGACAGCGUGGCGUCAGGCAUUUCAAACGGUAAAAAGAACCUGGCGAUAAGGAAAGAUUUAAAAGGCAAAAAUCGAGUGAUUUGUGUGAUUUAACUUAAGAAUAAUGCUUAAUGCACGUGACGUGUGUCCUGAGGGCAACGACGACCAGCAGUUGGACCACAAUUUUAAGCAGAUGGAGGAGCAUUUGGCCUUAAUGGUGGAAGGCAAUGAAAACGAAGAUCCGAGGAAAGCCACUUGUGAGUACGAGGAUACGAACGAAGAUGGUGCAACCUGCACAUCGGGCGUUUUAUCCGAAAUCCAGGAGAACUUCGGUAGACUCCGGUUGUGUGACGUUACUGCACCACUCCUCGAAUUCCACGGUUUGGAUUGCUUGCAACAGAUUCAAAAGCGCUCGCGCCAUUUUGCAUUCGACGGUUCUCCGGCCAAGAAGUCGCGAUCCGGAGGCGUGUUGGUCACCGGGCCAAAGCAGAAGCAACUGCAGAAGGAAAAUGUGUGGAACCGGAAGAGUAAAGGCUCUGCGUCCGCGGAUAAUAUUGAGAAACUGCCCAUAACUAUUGAGAAACUGCAUAUGAUUGGUCUGCACGGCGAUUGCUUAGAGCACAACGCCGUGCUGCGUUUGAUGAAUCUGUUCAGAUCCCUGCAUGAUCACCUGACCGCCGAUUUGGGCUUCUCGCGCCAAAACUCAAUGCCCUCGGACUAUCUGUUCGAUAUGCCGGUGAAGAGCACGAUGCCUAAGAGCUUGAAUGUGCGCUACCAACUGCAGGUGCUGUGCACCAAAGUAGAGCGCUUCCUUGUCCAGCAGCGCCGCACCUUGGAGGCGAAUCGCCACUUCGAUUUCGAGAAAUACGACGAGUGUGACAAGUUGCUUAAGGGUUUCGCAUCCUAUUUGGACAACUUCAAACUGCUUUUAAAGCCCAAAAUGCGCAAUCGAAACGGAAACUCGGGGAGCAAUGCGGACAAGUUCCAUACUCAGCGCAUGGAGAGAUUGCUAAUUGGUCUGCGCGAUUGGAUCAAGGCUGCGCAUCUCAGUGUGCACGUAUUUAACUGGGAAAUGGAUCUGGAGCACCGCUACUCCGGGGCCAUGACCGAAAGCCACAAGUCGUUGAACGAGCGGGCCAUCCUUUUGUCCGGUGCCGAGCUAAGGGCGGCCGAAGCGCGUGGAAUCAGUGCGGAGGAUCUGUUCAUCGCCCAGAGAUACAAACUGGGAGGUCCGAUCUAUUGCGUUCUGGAGCAGCAUGAGUUCCUCUCCGCUCUGAUCGCCAAUCCAGAGACCUAUUUCCCGCCCAGUGUUGUCGCCAUUUGCGGGCCACAGAAGCUUGGCGCAGUGAGCAUGGAGCAGCCGUCAGCGUCGGAGGAGGAGUUUGAGGAGACCGAGGAAGUGCCAUCAUCGCCACCUCGUCACACCGGACGUGUACCUCGCUUCAGAAGCUAAACUAAUGCUGUGCACAUCGAUAAAAGAAUGACAGCAAAUAUGCAAUUUAAAAAAGCUACUCUUCUCAUGGGAAGCAAUAAUUUCGUAAAGUAAACAUAUCUAUAGUGUAAGAUAUAUUUGUCCAAUAGUGCGGACUCCAUAUUUGUAUUCGUGAAUAAGCUUAUAUAAGCUUUUUAAAAAUAUUUAUCAAAUCGAUACAAACAAAAUCAAAAUGAAAACGAUUUAUUACCCCUGUUUUGAGAUUGAUAACAAAUUUAUAUAAGUUUAACUGUGUUUACAUUUAUUUGGCAAAACUACAAAUGUGUUUGCUUUUCACUUUUAUAAAUCUGUAUUUUACUUAAACUUUAGAAAUAAGAAAUCCUUUAGUGCCUGAAUUUAUUUUGCAACUACGUUUUAUUUGUAUGAGGAACUUACCAGUUUUUCUUAUUUGCUUUGCAUUUGUAUUUUGAAAGUCAAAUAAAUAUUUACGAUUUGUGUUUGGACU